GAUAUAUAGAGCUAUUUAUCGCUUGAUUAUCCCGUGAUAAGAGUAUACUUGUAUACUUAAACAAAGUUCACUGCAGUUCGUCAACGCCAUUUUAGAUUAUUUAGCGAACGCAAUUUUGUCACAAUGGAAAAAUUAAUUUGACGCUGCUAUUUUCUGGUUUAGCAAAAAAUGACAAACAUCAAAAGUAUGCCGCUUAAAGAACUGCAAGAGAUGGAAAAUUUAAAACGGUUUAAAGAAUCCCAAGAUGUUAGAAUUGACUGGAAAAGUAUUCUAGAUAGUGAAAGUUACAAUAUUGUUUUAUCCCAGUGCGAAGAACUUUCGUGUGCUGCGGAACUAGUGCUGUUUCCGAUGCUGAUUUCUGUUGCUCAUUUCAUGGGUACCAAGGCAACCGUUAAAAUCGAUUCUGAUUGGACAGAACCAACUUCUUUGAUGUGUCUUUUAGUUGCAAGGCGGGGAGAACGCAAAACGUGUGCAUUACAAAGAACUAAACAGUCUUGUGCCGUGUUGGAGAAAGAAAUAAGAGCAAUGGAACACUUAAAUAGAGAAGGGGAAGGUUGUUCCGAUGACAAAGUCAUAUCUCUGAUUGAUGAACACAACAUUCAAACUGAUUUAAAUAAAACUUUGAAAUGUUCAGAUGGAAACCCUUUGAUCAUUAUUGACGAUUUCAAAGAAACUUUAGAUGCCAUUGAAAAAUCUUCAGACAUCUUCACGAAUGCAAAACUUAAAGAAAUAUAUGGAUGCGGUAUGGAAAACCCUUUUAGACGACACAUGAACUUUGUUGGAACAAUACAGGCGCUUGAUGUUCACUGCGUUUUUGAAAACAGGGAUCGAAUUGCAAUGUUUGACAGGGCAUUGAUAGUCUGCUGUAAGAACUUUGCAGAAAGCACAAAAGACACAACAGGGGAAACCAAUUCUACGCAGACUAUUUUGUCGUCGGUUAGAAAUUUCCACAGCGUGCAAAGUGACCAGACUUAUACAUUUAAUUCUGGUGGACAGGCCGAAUUUUCUAGAUGCCUGGGAAUAUUUCAGCGAAUGAAGAAGAUGUAUGUCGAUAAUAAAAUGGUUUUUGGGUCAAUUAAUCAAGCAGGCGGCCAUCUUGCCAGGUUGUCGGCCAUUCUGACGGCUUUAAGAAAUGGUGUUGCUAUGGGGAAUAACAGCGCAUAUUUACCAUCCAGAAUUAUUGACAAGGAAACAGUUAAACGCGCAUAUCAGAUAGUCCGUUUUAUUUUACAACAGAAACUAUGUCUUUUUGCCUCAAAAGCAGACGACGAAUGGCCUGAAAUAGCAGAAGACAAUCAGAAUACUACCUGGGCUACCGAAACGGACAACCAAUCAGAAAAGAGUAUUCAUGUUACGACGACCGGAAAUUACUCGGAAGAAUAUGAAGAUGACGUUAUGGAAAUAGCGCAAAAUGGUGGUCGUGCUGACCGAAUAAUUGCGGGCAAAAACGAAGUACCAUCGAAAAGCUACGUAAAUGAUUACUACGCUGAUUCCCUGCACCAGUCAUAUCCUGAAAAUGAGAUGGUCGUUGUGAAAAAUCGAUAUCCUCCGACGUCAAAUAUGCACGAUAUAACAUUUAGUAACCGGAGACCGGAGAUGGAUAAUCGGCUUAUGCAAUAUUUCGUCCCUAUUACUUCAGCUGUUCCACAAAUGUCUCGAUCCAUGGCACCAUCCCCAAUGGAUGCACAUGGGUCAAAUAUUCCGUCAAAGUCAGAUUCGCCGAUUAUUAGUCACAUUCCUUCGCCUCAGCCGACGGUUGUUCACAGUAACGUAAAACAAAAGGGCAAAAAAACAUUCCGCGCUUCACAUAAAUGUCUUCUUCCGCCGUACGAAGGUUGUGUUUUCGAUGCAGACGAUGAGGUGUUCUUCCAACAAUGCGCAAAUAAAAUCAAAAAACUUUUAUUAACACAUGGUGCUGUAGUUACGGCGUCUUACGCCUGUCAGUACCGAUUAUUUCCACCUGUGCCGAUGGAUAUGCGACAAAAAUCACCAAGGACAUCGCACCCUUCUUGGGCAGCCUCUAGAUUUUUUGAAAGAUUAGAGGGUCUAGAAAUCGGAACCAUGCAUGUAUUGAGAGGUCAUUCCGUCCGUUUUCUAAAGGAAACAUAUGCAAAAAUGUCUGACCGCGGGAAAGAACUUUUGAAAAGACUUCGAAUUUUACAGGAAGAGUAUGAGGAAACAUUUCCAGAGUCGACGGUGUUUGACGAACUGAAACUUAUGCAAAUGAAAAGGGAUAACGAAGAGAAUAUCAUGAAUGACAUAGUGUUUAACAACCAAUGAAAUUCCAUUUUCUUUUUUAACCGUAGAUAAAGGUCCAUAUAGUUUUAGCCACUAAAGUAAUACUAUCUGCCAAAACCAUCGAGAUUGGUCAAUGGAUACGUGGACGGACGUCUAAUGAACCACAGAACCAAUUAUGUAUUUGUUAUCAUGUCCACAGUUUUAUAGUUUUAUGAUAAAGGUUUUAUCUCUGA